AUUUAUCACUCGCAGUCCUAGCAAGCAGUCAAUAUAGCCCGCUCGCUAUCUGUUGCCCAAGAGUGAUAAAAUCACCCACAAUUCACAGUUUCUGGCUAUAUCUUUAGUCUCGACUUGACGCGCUAUAUUCUUCUUGUGUUUUUCAAGUUUCGGCCUUUUGGAAUUAUGUGGAAUUCUUAUGUAGGAUCUCGAUCCCAGACCUUGCGGUCUGGGAAUCGGUGUAGGUGGUACCGCUAUCAUCACGGCAGGUGAGCUGGCCUUUGAUGAUCACUAAUUACAGGUGCUUACCUCCGCUGACUAGAGAGCUGACACCCGUUUGAUCCCAUGCCGGGGGUCUAAUUGCGUGUCUUGCCAGGUAAGACAAGCAGGCUGGACGCUGUGGAAGCAACAUGUCCCAGGUGGACGAGCGCUGGACCUCUUCUCCUACACAACCUAUGCCCCCUACGGCCACUGAGGUGAUUGUCAAGGACGAGCCAGAAUCCUCCCCUCCCCCACGGGAUCCUGAACCUGACUCUGCUAGAGACUCUGAUAGCCCUAGUCGCUCACCCCCCGGGGAACCUGUGACGAACGGUACCCUCUCUUCAAGUGUUGUUCAUCUACCCCACCCACACGCCGGCCACCCAGGCACUGGGCACCAUAUGGGAUUUGAGUCCACUCCUGGGCAUUUAUUACCUUGUGAAGAUGUUGAAGUGUUCUUUCACAAUCUAGACAAUCGACCGACUGCAACAACCGUCGCGCUGGCUAGUUUUACGACAGUAGGUAAUGGUCAUUUGACCACAUUGACCAACGCGCCGUUGUCCGCUCACCACACCCUAUAUCAAGGAUCCUCCCUAGGGUCAGGCGGGCUGGUCACCAUGCAACCCCCAAGCUACUCCGAGUCACAGACCUACCUCCACUCAGGCCUCCCCUCCCUCUACGUACCCUCAUCCCGACCCCUCGGGAUGAUGCCGAUACAGUAUGACAGUCCCUCGGGGACCCCUACGCCUGUCUCCACCCCUGUGUGGAAUGCAACAUCGGACACCAUGUACGGAGCGCCGUCGUCCUCGCCGAAAUACACCUACAUUGGAACCGUUGGGGAAAGUCUGCAUAACCCCCCACGCACCGAGUCCACCCUGUCCCUACAGCUGUCCCGACCACCCCCAGUUACAUACCAGGGGUACCCAUCACCCGAUGGAUGGGGAACCUACGCUGACAGAACCCAAGUCAAAGUAACCGACGCUGACUAUUAUGCUGAAGGUCGGGAAUGUGUCAACUGUGGAGCAGUGUCCACACCACUGUGGAGGAGGGAUGGCACUGGGCAUUACCUGUGCAAUGCUUGCGGACUCUACAAUAAAAUGAAUGGCGUCAACAGGCCGCCAUUGAAGGCUCCAACAGGCAGGAGAACGCCCGACAUGGAAGAGGAACGAGAGAAGAAAUAUGCAGAAAUAAUAUACGAAAAGUCGCCCCUCCCUUUCCAGCGCCGCUUGUCACCCGACCUAGAGGAGGAGAGGGACGCUGUGGCUAAUAUCACUCCCCCAGAGACGGGGGGCGGGCCCAUCAAGAUGGCGAAGUCCAUACUGCAACAACAGUCCGGCGGAAACAGACGUAUGGGCCUGUCAUGUGCAAACUGCGGGACAACAACCACCACCCUAUGGCGGAGGAACAGUGAGGGAGAACCCGUGUGCAACGCGUGUGGGUUGUACUACAAGCUACACCAGGUCAAUCGGCCGCUGUCUAUGAAGAAAGACGGAAUCCAAACAAGAAAGAGGAAACCCAAAACACCUUCUUCUAAAUCCAGGACACCUCCCAAGGACUUGCCCAUGCACAACCACUCGAUUGAGCACUCCCCACCACAGCACAUGUCCCACCCCCAGACAUCCCUACCCCCAAUGUCCUCUCAAGGCCCCUAUGACCUCACCCUCAAUCGGUCAGAACCGAUUCAAAGUAAGCCGCCAUAUUGGAACUCUGCCGUCAUGCCUUCCAACUACUCCUCAGAGAUGAAGCCUCUUCCCUCCUACUCGUCUCUGUAUUCGCACAACUCGGCAGUACUGGCAGCACUGACUACACCGCCAAAUCCCCCAGCUCUCCUCCCAAUAUCAGCGUUAACACCUUCAGCUCGGAGCCAACAUCCCCUUCCUGAAGACGUUGAGAGAUCCAUGGGCCUUGACCAUAACCUAAUGCUCAAACAUGCCGCGGAGCCCCUGUUCUCCCCCUCGCCACCCAAGGCUGUUCCAGUUAACAGCGGCAUUACACCAGAACCGGAAGUUGGUGCGUCAUCAAUGGGACAAUCUGAAAUUGUUCAAUUAAAACCAGCUUCGGUCGGCCAAACAUAGAGGACGGAAAGAUACAACGAGAAGAUAAGGGAAACAGGGUAGUCAUUGUUCUACCCGACUGUUCCUAUAAAUGCACUGACCUUGACAUGCGGCAUCCAGAAAUGUCAGUGGUCUUUUUAAGGACUUCUUAUAUCUAUUUAUAUGUAUAUAUGGAAAGACUAAAUCAUAAGGUUACAACCUUCAGCUCAGCAAACAGAAACUUACCGAUGUAAGGAGUGACAAAAUAAAUACGUACGAUAGACAAUGGUGUACGAACUAUAAUGAUAUGUGAACUCUGAUGUUGACCCUGGUUCACUCAUGUGAUAACGAGAAGUGUCGCAGGGCCUUAGAGUUACCGCUCCUUUUGAUGAUAACGCCAAAUCUUGUCGUGAGGACUGUUGGUGGAACUGCGACAACGUGAAAGAGGCGUUAAUUGUUUGGUAACCGUGGACGCCGUGCCAACAAUACGCCACUUUGUGUCAAGUGGAACAAUGUAACCUCUUUGACUGACAACUCUGUACCAAAGAUACCAUCAUCAUGUUUUCUCUGAGAAAGGGUAAAUGUUCAAUUCAUCACUCAUACCGCGUGACAGACAUCACGUGGCCACAACACUUGUCACCUCCCAAUUCACUUGCCAUAUUAGGUGCUGUGCUUUUAAUGAUGUAAAAUGACAUGCAUAUAUUGUUAUUGUACUGAUUGGCGGAUUUAUGUUGCUUCUUGUGAAUGUCUUCAAAAUAAUUCCAGUUUUAAGGCGAAGAAUGCCCGACAUAUUAAGUAUGUACGUUGUAAAUAUCAUCCUUUAAUAUCUGAUGACGAUACUGCGUAUAAAAUAUGUAGGCAUCAGUGCCAAUAAGACUAACCACUUGGUUGUACCUUCAUAUUGUCCUAAUCAAGAUCGAUGAUCGCUUUGAUUCAUUGAUGUCAAAGUAUUAUGAUUCAGUGCUCAUUGUUCAUAUUCAGGUGAUAUUUUUACCUGGUGUAUACCUAUGUUUGAAUGCAUUUAUUGCUACUGUUGGCGUAAAUGGGAACUGCUAGAAUUUUAGGGGAAUAUACAAUAUGUGCCUGCACCACAUUCGUCAUAUGCCACGAAGCAUUAUGGUAUUUGUCUCCUCCGUUCAAUGUUGCUGAUUUCGUAUAAUAUGAGUGGGACCAACUGAAAUCACGAGUUAUUACCUUGGUUAUGCAAACUGCCAUUGGCCUUGUCCUGAAUCAUGUGGGAUAUGUUUUUCAUCUACUGUCAUUACCAAUGUUUUCAAAAGAAAAGAGCUAUUUUACAUCAGUUGCAAAUGUUUUAUUUUAAUGUGUAACUCAUAAUCGAAAGAACGCACACUGCGAUUCAUUGCUUUCCAAGGACUAGAUGUCCAAUGUGAUUACGAUGAGUCACAAAAGUGAACACAUGUGUUCACGACAUAUCCGUACGUCAGACAUACAACUGUUAUGAAUUCUGACGCAGGGUGGAGGUCGUUCCGAGUCUGCGCCUAGCUAAACAUUAUCAUGUAUCUUGUGGAUACUGGCACAUAUAGCUGGCGCAAUUAGGGUUACAAUGUUUGGAUUAACUAAUUUUGAGAUUUCCAGAAAUCUGCAAAUAAAUAAUCCAAUUUCUUGACAUAUGAAUAUUUGAAUGACAUAUUUUUAUCGUCUCAUCACAAAAGAAGCGGCAACCUUCUGUAAUUUUAAUUAUGAAACAUGUAUUUAUUUUCUUAUUAUCAAUUAAAUUUGCCGAGUUUUCAAGUCAAUAUUUAGAUAUGUAAUAAUGAUAAUGGACGCUCAAUAAGGCCUAUAGUAAUGUAGGAUAUCGGCGUUCGACCAAUAGUGGCCAGCUAGUUGAAAGAUGAUUGGCAUUCGACUUUUUCUUUUCUUUUUGUCUGAUUUCGUAUUGUUUGAUUCACGGCUGUUUGUCAACGGAAUUUGUACUUUACUGACCAGUACAAUUGUAUCUAAGAUCUAUGUGUGUAUCUGGUACUGACGAAUGAGCGCUGGUGUCAUGACCGAGUGGUAGGAUUCUUCCUUCUAUCUUAUCUUUAAUGUUUCUACUUAUUGUGCUGACUUUGUUGAUUCAAAUCUGAUAUGUGCCAUGCCAUACAACUAACGACGUAGGCUACUAUUUCCUUUGUUGCUAGUCAGUAAAUCGUUUUUUCUUAUUUCUGUUUGUGCGUUGACUAUUCAUAUUUGGCUUGUGCUGGGGAUUCUAAACUAAAGUUAGCUCUCCUGUCGCAUAUAGGAAACAACAUUUCUCAUUUUGUAUUCAACAAGGGGACCAGACGAAUACAUAUCAAAUGUCAUUUGGCUUCAAAAAUCGUCUUUCAGUAACCGAUAUAUUGCUGACGUCAAGCAACAUCGGUCCAUUGGCAGACCAGACAAGAAGGUUUUGGGCCACACAGAAUUCAUUAAUUGUUCGCCGGAAUCACCGCCGCCUGUUUCUACUUUCUAUUUUCUAUGAUGUUUUUAAUGGCCAAAGUAACAUGAUCAGGUACAACGUUUCAAUCCUUAUAUCCUCCAAUAAUUUAUGUUUAGAUCAUCCAACAAUACAUGAUGAAGUCCUCCAACAACCCAUGAUUAAGUCCCCGACAAUCCAUGAUUAAAUCCUCCAACAAUCCUUGUUUACAUUAUCCAACAAUCCAUGAUUUAGUCCCCGACAACCCAUGAUUAAAUCCUCCAACAAUCCUUGUUUAAAUUAUCCAACAAUCCAUGAUUAAGUCCCCGACAACCCAUGAUUAAAUCCUCCAACAACCAAUGAUUAAGUCCCCGACAAUCCAUGAUUAAAUCCUCCAACAAUCCAUGAUUAAAUCCUCCAACAAGCCAUGAUUAAAUCCUCCAACAACCUAUGAUUAAGUCCCCGACAACCCAUGAUUAAAUCCUCCAACAACCAAUGAUUAAGUCCCCGACAAUCCAUGAUUAAAUCCUUCAACAUUCCUUGUUCAAAUCCUUCAACAAUCCAUGAUUAAAUCCUACAACAAUCCACGUUAAAAUCAAUCCAUACUAUCAAUCCUCCAACAAUCCAUGGUUACCAUGACACCCCAUCCCAACGCACCCUCAUCCCCACCCCAACAAUCCAUGAUUGAAUACUUCAUCUAUCCAAGACAAACUCCUCCUACAAUCCAUGAUAGAAUUCCUCCAAAAAUAAAUACACACUGAAACUCCGGUAUCCGAGUUAUUUUGUUCCCAGUAAAAUGGCAUCAACAAAAGUAGGUCUGGAUUAACGAACCAAUGUUGCUGCGUAAUAUCCCAUUGACAUAUCUUGUCGAUUCGGGAAACCUGGGUUUUUGGAAUACCAGGAUCCGGACUGACGAGAUUUCACUGUACGUUUAUGCAAGUCAUUUCCAUAUAUAAAAUUGGAUCUUAUUUGCACAGUUAAAUGUCUCUAUGCUUAUUUAUAAAUCAAUGCCCGUAAGCUCCUAAUAUUUCUCCUUUCGUCCGACGAGCAAACAGUGAGUUUGCUGUGGCCUUCAGCAAAAGUAUUGAUGUUGUAAAUCUCAGUUGUGAUUGAACAAUUUGCCUCACUAGAAGUAGCCUUCAAGCUUGCCAGUCGAAAUUUCCAUGCCUUACAAACGAGAUGUUUAUACAAAUGUAGUUUCACCAUAUCAUUGAAAUAAACUUGUCUACAAAAUGU